AUGUCACCACCACCUCCACCACCAGCCAACGGUAGCCAACAGGGUGGCUCCAACAACAAUGCUGAUCGACCUCGUGAGCCCAUCGUAUCACCAUACAUGCCAAAAUACCCCGAUCCCAUGUCAAAUAUCUCCAACUUCAAGAUUAUCGAAUCGACGUUGCGAGAGGGUGAACAAUUUGCCAACGCGUUCUUUGAUACGGAAAAAAAGAUUGAGAUUGCCAAGGCACUUGAUGAAAUUGGUGUUGAUUAUUUGGAGCUCACGUCACCAGCAGCCUCUGAACAAUCUUUGAAUGACUGCAAGGCUAUUUCCAAUCUUGGAUUGAAGGCUAAGAUUCUGACACACGUGCGUUGUCACAUGAAUGAUGCCAAGUUGGCGAUCGACACCGGUGUGGAUGGUCUUGAUGUGGUGAUUGGCACAUCCAGCUACUUGCGUGAAUUUUCACAUGGCAAGGAUAUGGAUUACAUUACUGACAAGGCCAUUGAAGUGAUUUCCUACAUCAAGGACCAGGGUCUGGAGGUGCGUUUCUCUACCGAAGACUCUUUCCGAUCCGAUCUUGUGGACCUUCUCAGCAUUUACAAGGCUGUCGAUAAGAUCGGUGUCAAUCGUGUGGGUAUAGCAGAUACCGUAGGAUGUGCCAAUCCACGUCAAGUCUAUGAAUUGGUGAGGACUUUGCGUAGUGUGGUCAGCUGUGACAUUGAAUGUCAUUUUCAUAAUGAUACGGGCUGUGCUAUUGCCAAUGCAUAUGCAGCUUUGGAAGCGGGUGCUACCCACAUUGAUACAUCCGUUUUGGGCAUUGGUGAACGUAAUGGUAUCACGCCAUUGGGUGGUUUACUUGCUCGCAUGUAUGCAGCGGACAAGGAAUACGUCUUGAACAAGUAUAAUCUUCCAAAGAUCCGUGAUGUGGAAAACAUCGUGGCUGACGCCGUUGAGGUUACGGUGCCAUUCAACAAUUACAUCACUGGUUACUGUGCAUUUACCCACAAGGCAGGCAUCCAUGCAAAGGCUAUUCUCAACAAUCCCAGCACGUAUGAGAUUUUGAAACCCGAAGAUUUCGGCAUGUCCCGCUAUGUGAGCAUCGGCCAUCGACUGACGGGAUGGAAUGCCGUAAAGAAUCGUAUUGAGCAGCUGCAGCUGACUGAUCUCAAGGAUGAGGAUGCUAAGAUUGUCACUCAAAAAAUCAAGGAACUUGCAGACAUUCGACCGCUCUCACUCGAUGAUGUCGAUACAAUGCUGCAUCAUUACCACAGUGCCAAAAAUGAAGGUGCACAUAAGCACUUUUUAGAUAACAUUGGUACUCCAGACCAAAUUGCAGAAAUGAUGAAGAAUAUGGCAUCUCAAUAG